UGUUGGAAUUUAUGUAAAUGAGAUUGGAAAGCGUUUUGAAUUUUUGGAGAAUUUAAAGAAGAAUUAUUUUAAAGUUUUUGAAAUUUAUUUUCUGAAUUUUAAAAAGUUUGAAAGAAUGGAAAAUUAUUGGGGAAAAUUCAAAGAAAAAUUAAUUUCAAAAUAUAAUAAUAAAUUAAACAUAAAAAUUGAAAACGAAUUACAUUAUUUUUUAAUUGAAAUAUUAAAAGUAACGGAAGGGAAGCUAAAUAAAGAGGCCUUAAGUAAAAUCAAGGAAAAUUUGUACUUGGAAAAGAUUUCAAAAUAUUUUGUUGAUUUCAAUAAAAUUAAUUGGAGUGUAUUAAAUGCCAAUCAGAGGCAAUUUGUAAAGGAAAUUCUUAACUUGCAAAACAAUGAAAAUUUGAACGAAUGGAUAUUAAAAAUAGAAAAGAGGAUUGAAGAGCUUAAACAAAUAAAAGAACAAGUUGAAAUAGAUAACUCUGGAAAUAUGCAAGUUUAUCUUCAUCCAGACGGUUUUAGGCCUUUAAAUAAAAAUUGGCAUGAUUUAUCUUCUAAUGUUCAUCACAAUGAUAUUACUCCUAUCAAGUCUUUCAAUGAACUUUUCGAAAAAUGGAAAGAUGAGAAGUCGAAACAAAUUAAAGAAAUUUCAAAUUUUCAAUUAUUUAUGUCACCUCCACUCAACAAAGAGGGAGGACAUAUUCAUGCUAUUGUUUUAGCUAUUGGGGCAGGGAAAGUUGAGUAUAAAAUAAUAAAAGGAUUAUUUAUUGAUGAAUCCAGCAAAUCUUUGACUUUAUUUAAUAGUACAUGUUCAGACGACUCUCUUUAUUGUCAUCUUUUCAAGGUAAAAUAA